AUGUUUGAGGAGGAAGAGCACUAUGUCAUCAAUUCAUCUACACACCUUGAUACACUUCGUGGAGAGCUUAUUCAGCUUUCGGGACUUGAAGAGUACUGCGAUUUGAAAGUGUAUUGCAGCGAUGGAGAGAUUAAAAUGAACAGGCUUGUUUUGGGUCUUCUCUUCUCUGUUAUAACAGAUCAUGGAGCUGUUUAUCUACCGGACUAUACACAAGAAGAACUUCAGAAAUCUGUCAAUCGAUCAAUGGCAGGCAUUAAGAUUAAAGAAAGGACUCCAGGUAGGAAUAUAGCGGGAAUUUCACCAGAAGGAAUACUACUGGAGCACGCUACAGAGGGUAUAGAUAGGAAGGAUGUUUUCUUCUACCAGGCUGAUGAUGAACACUACAUCCCUCGGUCAGUGCUGCUGGAUCUGGAGCCAAGAGUCAUCAAUACUAUCAUGAACAGUGAGUACAAGAAGCUGUACAACCCUGAAAACGUGUACUUAGCCAAGGAUGGAGGUGGAGCCGGGAACAACUGGGCUAGUGGCUUUGGACAGGGUGAGAGUCUACAUGAAGAGGUGUUUGAUAUAAUAGACCGUGAGGCAGAUGGGUCAGAUUCCCUGGAGGGAUUUGUUCUCACACACAGUAUUGCGGGAGGAACCGGUUCUGGUAUGGGAAGUUAUGUCCUGGAAAGAUUAGCGGACAGAUAUCCUAAAAAACUUGUGCAAACUUACAGUGUCUUCCCAAAUCAGGAAACGUCCAGUGAUGCCGGAGGAAUAGGAGUUUCAGAUGUCGUCGUCCAACCUUACAACAGUAUUCUUACACUCAAGAGAUUAACCCAGUGUGCAGACUGUGUAGUAGUUCUAGAUAAUACUGCUCUAAAUAGGAUUGCCUCUGAAAGACUACAUAUUCAGAAUCCCUCCUUCACUCAGAUCAAUGAACUCGUCUCUACUAUUAUGUCUGUAUCUACCACCACCCUGAGAUAUCCGUCCUUUAUGAACAAUGAUUUAAUUGGUCUCAUCUCUCCACUCAUCCCUACUCCCAGGUUACACUUUCUGAUGACAGGAUACACACCUCUGACAACAGAUCAGGACCACGUGAAUAUUCGUAAGACGACUGUCCUGGACGUGAUGCGUCGUCUGCUGCAGCCAAAGAACAUGAUGGUGAGCACGGCCACAGACAGGGACAGGGCCACUAAGGACUGCUACAUCUCCAUCCUUAAUAUAAUCCAGGGUGAAGUUGAUCCGACACAGGUUCACAAAAGUUUGCAAAGAAUUCGCGAGAGAAAACUUGCAAACUUUAUACCCUGGGGACCAGCAUCUAUUCAGGUUGCAUUGUCCCGGAAGUCCCCGUAUGUUGCCACCUCCCAUCGUGUGUCAGGACUUAUGAUGGCCAACCAUACUUCUAUCUCAUCUCUGUUUGAGAGAGCAAUGAGAGACUACGAUAAACUGCGGAAACGAAAUGCCUUCCUUGACCAGUUCAGAAAGGAGCCUAUGUUUGCUGACGGGUUGGAUGAGAUGGAUGAUAGUAGAGAAGUUGUUCAGCAGCUUGUUGACGAAUAUCAUGCUGCCAGGAAACCUGAUUAUCUAAGUUGGGGGAUGAAUCAGUCUUAAGACCUGCCACUGUUGUAUUAUUACCUCAAUGGUUUGAAAGAUUAUACCUAGCUCCAAGAAUUAAGGAUCCGGCCAAAUACUUGCUGUAUAGAUCAGAAAUACGAAUCAAAGAUCAUAUUUGCUUUCAAUUACUAUACAUUAGACUUCAAAACUCACGACUCUAUUCAUAUUAAGAUUCUAAAAUUCAUAAUCUCCGAUCUAGGAGUUGUGUAUAAAAGCUAUUUUAAAAAACGUUAAUCUUCAUAUUAAAUUGUACCAACACUUAAACCAGUGAUCUGAAUCCAGAAAACUCACCAGCCGUUGUAUAACCGAUGUAUGACGCUGAUUGGUUAAAUGUACUUUUUUCUUAACACAUGUACAGAUGCGAAUUGUACAACAGGAGCAUGGAUUUACAGUUAACACCAAAACGAAUAUCUUUAAUAAAAAAACUAUUAAAAUUAUAAAAGAGAAAUAUGCCCACUUAACAUUUAGGUAUGAAUCACAUUUUAAUUAGCUUAAUUUAAAGAGAAUUUAAGAAAACACUAGUUUAUUGAACUCACUGUGCCCUGUAUUAUGUAUCCCUCAUAUUGUAUUAUUUAUCGGGAAAAUGAUAUUACGCUUCAUAGAAAAUGUAUCAAAUAUAUUUUAAUUUUAUCAUUUA